CGCUUGCCUCGCUACCACCACACCGCACCAGCUCCCGACAGCCUCAAAUCCACAGCAGCCGCUGCUGCCUGACGGACUGCAAGCUUUCACCCCCUCUGCGCACUUCGUCUCUCAUUUCACGAUGCCCAAGGCAGAGGCCGGCAGCGCCAAGGCGGUGGGCAAUGCCAUGAAGGCCAAGGGCCUCACGAAGCUGCGCUUCUACUGCCAGCUAUGUGCGAAGCCCUGCCGCGACGAGAAUGGCUACAAGUGCCACAUUGAGAGCGAGGCGCACAUGCGCCAGAUGACGGCGCUGGGCGGCAGCGCGGGCAAGGUCAUCGACCGCUUCUCGCAGCAGUUCCAGAGCGAGUUUGUGCAGCUCCUCAGCCGCCGGUACGGAACACGCCGCAUCCGUGCGAACCUCGUCUACCAGGAGUUCAUCCAGGAGCGCCACCAUCUGCACAUGAACGCGACGCGCUGGACGUCGCUCUCGUCGUUUGUCAAGCACCUCGGGCGCGAGGGCGUUGUGCGCGCGGAGGAGAACGAGAAGGGCUGGUUCAUUGAAUGGGUCGACAACUCGCCGGCGGCGCUCGCGCGGCAGGAUGCGCUGCAGAAGAUGAACCGCGCCAAGAUCGACGAGGAGACGCGCGGCCGCAAGUAUCUGCAGGAGCAGAUCGAGCGUGCGAAGCGCGAGCAGGGCGACGACCGCGCGGACGCCGCAGCGCCCGAGGCUGGCCUGCAGCGCGACGGCGAUGCGCCGAUCCGCAUUGGCAUCUCGCUGAAGCCCAAGGCAGAUGCGGACACGUCCAGCAGCGCCGCGUCCGGCAGCGGCACGUCCGCGCCCGAGGCGACCGGUGGCCCAUCGCAGAGCGCGCCCGCCAGCGCACCGGCGCCGCUCAAGCUCGGCCUGGUCAGCAGCGCCAAGGCGCAGCCGGCCGUGCGUCCCAAUGCCUUUAAGGCUGCGUCGUCGUCGUCGAGCAAGGCCGCGUCCGGCUCGGGCCCAGGCGCCGGCCGCUCGAGCAUGACGGCCGCCGAGCGCAUCAUGGCCGAGGAGCAGGAGCAGCGGCAGAAGCGCGAGAGCUUCGGGCCGCAGCCGAGCGCCAAGCGCAUGCGCAUGUAGUCGCAGCCCGGCGUGCCCGGCGCAUGUAGUACAAGUCUCAAUUGAUACCCUAGCCGAUGACGAGCACCA